CUCACGCGCAACUCGUUCGAUUGUUUUAGUUGGACUCUUGGUUGGAACGAUGUUUGCCCGUGCUUUCACAUGGCGUCUUUCGAGUGCCGCCUGCAGGGCCUUCGCUGAUGCGCGGGCAAAUGCCUUGGCCGCAGCUUCCCGAAACCGGAGCCGUUUGAAGCAAUCGAGGCGUUUGUUGGGCAUAGACCCGCCGGAUGUGCCUGCGGCUGAACAAAUCAGCUGCAGCGACCCAGAGCAGCAGACCGCCCUCAAGGAGAUCUUUGCGGCUCUCAGGACCAGAGAUUGGGAGGCUGGGGUCGCGGCUUAUGGCCGCUUUUCCGACCCUGAGCCCAAUUUGGCCUUGGCUGCGGUGAUUCUGGCUGAGCGCUGUGGCAAGACCACCGAGGCCUUCGACCUCUAUGUCGACCUGCGGCGGCGUAAGGAGCUUACGGCUCGGGUCUUCACCCACCUCAUCCGUUUGGCUGGCAAAGUGCACACAGUGCUGGCGCAAGCCAUGCUGGCAGAAAUGAAGGUCUGCAAGCUGCAGCCCAACCAGCAGAACUAUUUAGCGUUGCUGGAGCUGUUCAAGCAGCGGCGGGACGCCAAGGCGGCGCGGGAGACCUGGCAGCAGAUGCGCCAGGACAUCGGGGAAGCCUCGGAGAUGACGCUGUGCAGCGUGAUGUCUGCCGUGGCAAAGUCUGGGGACGUAGCCGGCACAGAGGCCCUGCUGUUGGAGGGCAACAAAAUCGGGCGGCCGCACUUCAACUGCUGCCUGGAUGCCUGCCAUGUAGCAGGCGAUGCUGACAACGCCUUCCGCAUUUUGGGGGAGAUGAAGGCAGCGGGGUGCCCGCCGGACGUGAUCUCCUACAACUCGGUGCUGGGGGCGCUGGACAAAGCUGGCCGGCCUUCUGCGGAUCGGGUGCGGUUGUUGGAAGACAUGGAACGGUCGGGGGUGAAGCCCAACAACCUCUUCCUCGAGCGUCACAUCGCUUGCAUCCUGGGCAUUCCACAGAAGGGAGCAGCAGUUCGAGAAGUGCUGCAGCUACCGUCUGAGGUGCGCGUGGAAGCGCUGGAGACGAUUAGGAAGGCAGAGGCCGACGGGGUGGAGCCGACGCUGCUUACCCAGAAAGUGAAGCAGGUUAUUGAAACGGAGCACCUGGCGAAGGAGAACGACUGGGUGAAGGUGGUGGGAAAGGAUGGUGCUGGCUCUCCGUUAGAGUACUACUGGGACCGCUCCAGCGGGCUGACCCAGUGGGAGCACCCGGACUGCCAGGUCAUGGAGACGGUGAGCGCGUGAUCCAGGGCCUUGGCUGAAGUCGGGUCGGAAGCGCGGCGUGAGCACGAAGUCUCCGAAAAGAG